UGUCUCCAGCUUUGUCACCCACAUUCUGGCCAGUGAUGCUGACAGCGGGUGCAACGCGCUCCUCACCUUCAACAUCACUGCAGGCAACCGGGAGCGGGCCUUCGCCAUCAAUGCCACGACAGGGAUUGUCACCGUGAACCGGCCCCUGGACCGUGAGCGGAUCCCAGAGUACAAGCUGACCAUUUCUGUGAAGGACAACCCAGAAAACCCACGCAUAGCCAGGAGGGAUUUUGACUUGCUGCUGAUCUUUCUUGCGGACGAGAAUGACAACCACCCCCUCUUUACUGAGAGCACUUACCAGGCAGAAGUGAUGGAGAACUCUCCUGCUGGAACCCCCCUCACAGUGCUCAAUGGGCCCAUCCUGGCCCUGGAUGCAGACCUGGAUGUCUAUGCCGUGGUGACCUACCAGCUGCUGGGUGCCCAGAGUGGCCUCUUUGACAUCGACAACAGUACCGGUGUGGUAACCGUGAGGUCAGGUGUUGUCAUUGACCGGGAAGCCUUCUCACCUCCUGUCCUGGAGCUGCUGCUGCUGGCUGAGGACAUUGGGCUGCUCAACGGCACAGCCGACCUGUUCGUCACCAUCCUAGACGACAAUGACAACUGGCCCACCUUUAGCCCUGCAGCCCUCACCAUCCACUUACUGGAGAACUGCCCGCCAGGAUUCUCAGUUCUUCAGGUCACAGCCACGGAUGAGGACAGUGGCCUCAAUGGGGAGCUGAUCUACCGAAUAGAAGCUGGAGCUCAGGACCGCUUCCUCAUCCAUCCAGUGACUGGAGUCAUCCGCGUGGGCAAUGCCACCAUCGACAGGGAGGAACAGGAAUCUUACAGGCUGACAAUAGUGGCCACCGACCGAGGCACCAUCCCUCUCUCAGGCACAGCCAUCAUCACUAUCCUUAUCGAUGACAUUAAUGACUGCCGCCCUGAGUUCCUCAACCCCAUCCAGACAGUGAGUGUGCUGGAGUCAGCAGAGCCAGGCACUGUCAUUGCCAAUGUCACCGCCAUCGACCGUGACCUCAACCCAAAGCUGGAGUACCACAUCAUUGGCAUCAUGGCCAAGGACGACACCGACCGCCUGGUGACCGACCAGGAGGACGCCUUUGCCGUGAAUAUCAACACAGGAUCUGUAAUGGUGAAGUCCCCCCUGAACCGGGAGCUGGUUGCCACCUAUGAGGUUACUCUCUCGGUGAUUGACAAUGCUAGCGACCUACCAGAGCGCUCUGUCAGCAUGCCAAAUGCCAAGCUGACAGUCAACAUCCUGGAUGUCAAUGACAACACGCCCCAGUUCAAGCCCUUUGGGAUCACCUACUACACAGAGCGAGUCCUGGAGGGGGCGACCCCGGGUACCACGCUCAUCGCCGUGGCAGCCGUGGACCCUGACAAGGGUCUCAAUGGGCUGAUCACCUACACCCUGCUGGAUCUGGUGCCCCCAGGCUACGUGCAGCUGGAAGACUCCUCAGCAGGGAAGGUUAUUGCCAACCGGACGGUAGACUAUGAAGAAGUGCACUGGCUCAACUUCACCGUGAGGGCCUCAGACCAUGGGUCCCCACCCCGGGCAGCUGAGAUCCCUGUCUACCUGGAGAUUGUGGACAUCAAUGACAACAACCCUAUCUUUGACCAGCCUUCCUAUCAGGAAGCUGUCUUUGAGGAUGUGCCUGUGGGCACAGUUAUCCUGACAGUCACUGCUACUGAUGCUGACUCGGGCAACUUUGCCCUCAUUGAGUACAGCCUCGGGGAUGGAGAGGGCAAGUUUUCCAUCAACCCCACUACGGGUGACAUCUAUGUGCUGUCCUCUCUGGACCGGGAGAAGAAGGACCACUAUAUCCUGACUGCCUUGGCCAAAGACAACCCCGGGGAUAUAGCCAGCAACCGUCGAGAGAAUUCAGUGCAGGUGGUGAUCCAGGUGCUGGAUGUCAAUGACUGCCGGCCACAGUUCUCCAAGCCCCAAUUCAGCACAAGCGUGUAUGAGAAUGAGCCAGCAGGCACCUCGGUCAUCACCAUGAUGGCCACCGACCAAGACGAGGGCACCAAUGGGGAACUGGCCUACUCCCUUGAGGGCCCUGGCGUGGAGGCCUUCCACGUGGACAUGGACUCAGGCCUGGUGACCACAAAGCGGCCACUGCAUUCCUAUGAGAGGUUCAACCUGACUGUGGUGGCCACAGAUGGCGGAGAGCCCCCACUCUGGGGAACAACCAUGCUCCUGGUGGAGGUCAUCGAUGUCAAUGACAACCGCCCCAUCUUCGUGCGCCCACCCAACGGCACCAUCCUCCACAUCAGAGAGGAGAUCCCGCUGCGCUCCAACGUGUACGAGGUCUAUGCUACAGACAAGGAUGAGGGCCUCAAUGGGGCGGUGCGCUACAGCUUCCUGAAGACCACGGGCAACCGGGACUGGGAGUACUUCACCAUUGAUCCAAUCAGCGGCCUUAUCCAGACCGCGCAGCGCCUGGACCGCGAGAAGCAGGCGGUGUACAGCCUCAUCCUGGUGGCCAGCGACCUGGGCCAGCCAGUGCCAUAUGAGACCAUGCAGCCGCUGCAGGUGGCCCUGGAUGACAUCGACGACAACGAGCCCCUCUUCGUGAGGCCUCCAAAAGGCAGCCCCCAGUACCAGUUGCUGACAGUACCCGAGCACUCACCACAUGGCACCCUCGUGGGCAAUGUGACAGGUGCUGUGGACGCAGAUGAGGGCCCCAACGCCAUCGUGUACUACUUCAUUGCAGCUGGGAACGAAGAGAAGAACUUCCAUCUUCAGCCAGACGGACGUCUACUGGUGCUGCGGGACCUGGACCGGGAACGUGAAGCUGUCUUCUCCUUCAUUGUCAAGGCCUCAAGCAAUCGCAGCUGGACACCUCCCCGUGGACUUUCACCAGACCUGGACCUGAUCACUGACCUCACCCUGCAGGAGGUGCGAGUAGUGCUAGAAGACAUCAACGACCAGCCACCGCGCUUCACCAAGGCUGAGUACACUGCAGGAGUGGCCACUGAUGCCAAGAUGGGCUCAGAGUUGAUCCAGGUGCUGGCUCUGGAUGCAGACAUCGGCAAUAAUAGCCUGGUCUUCUAUAGCAUCCUGGCCAUCCACUACUUCCGGGCCUUUGCCAACGACUCCGAGGAUGUGGGCCAGGUCUUCACCAUGGGGAGUGUGGAUGGCAUCCUACGCACCUUCGACCUCUUCGUGGCCUACAGCCCCGGCUACUUUGUGGUGGACAUCGUGGCCCGGGACCUGGCAGGCCACAACGACACGGCUAUCAUUGGCAUCUACAUCCUGAGGGAUGACCAGCGCGUCAAGAUCGUCAUUAAUGAGAUUCCUGACCGCGUGCGUGGCUUUGAGGAGGAGUUCAUCCGCCUGCUCUCCAACAUCACCGGCGCCAUCGUCAACACUGAUGAUGUGCAGUUCCACGUGGACAAGAAGGGUCGGGUGAACUUCGCACAAACAGAGCUGCUCAUCCAUGUGGUGAACCGUGAUACCAACCGCAUCCUGGACGUGGACCGGGUGAUCCAGAUGAUUGAUGAGAACAAGGAACAGCUGCGGAACCUUUUCCGGAACUACAAUGUCCUUGAUGUGCAGCCUGCCAUCUCUGUCCGGCUGCCCGAUGACAUGUCUGCCCUACAGAUGGCAAUCAUUGUCCUGGCCAUUCUCCUCUUCCUGGCCGCCAUGCUCUUCAUCCUCAUGAACUGGUACUACAGGACUGUACACAAGAGGAAGCUCAAAGCCAUAGUGGCUGGCUCGGCAGGGAAUCGCGGCUUCAUUGACAUCAUGGACAUGCCCAACACCAACAAGUAUUCCUUUGAUGGGGCCAACCCAGUGUGGCUGGAUCCUUUCUGCCGGAACAUGGAACUGGCUGCCCAGGCUGAGCACGAGGACGACCUGCCGGAGACCCUGAGUGAGAUCGCUGACCUAUGGAACAGCCCCACCCGCACCCACGGAACUUUUGGGCGUGAACCAGCAGCAGUCAAGCCUGAUGAUGACCGGUACUUGCGGGCAGCCAUCCAGGAGUACGACAACAUUGCCAAGCUGGGCCAGAUCAUUCGGGAAGGCCCCAUCAAGGGCUCGCUGCUCAAGGUGGUCCUGGAGGAUUACCUGCGCCUCAAAAAGCUCUUUGCACAGCGGAUGGUGCAAAAAGCCUCCUCCUGCCACUCCUCCAUCUCUGAGCUGAUCCAGAGUGAGCUAGAGGAGGAGCCAGGGGAACACAGCCCAGGUCAGGGCAGCCUGCGCUUCUGCCACAAGCCGCCGACAGAGCUCAAGGGGCCGGAUGGAAUCCAUGUGGUGCACGGCAGUACGGGCACGCUGCUGGCCACGGACCUCAACAGCCUGCCUGAGGAUGAUCAGAAGGGUCUGGGUCGCUCGCUGGAGACGCUGACCGCUGCCGAGGCCAGUGCCUUUGAGCGCAAUGCCCGCACGGAGUCCGCCAAAUCAACACCCCUGCACAAGCUUCGAGAUGUGAUCAUGGAGAGCCCCCUGGAGAUCACGGAGCUAUGACCAUCCGUGGGGCUCCUCACUGGUGUGAGCAGCGCCUGUCCCCCACCCCCUCCCAGGGCAGAGGCAGGGGCAGGACCAUGGGGUGUAGGACCAUGGGGUGUGGGCCCCUCCCCCAGCCAACCCUGGGCUCACAACCCUGAGUUGGCCUAGUGGUGGCAGCCCACCUCGGCUGCUCAGAUCCUCUGCCAGACGCUCAUUCAGCAUCUGAUCUCUACCUUCACAAAAUUUGUUAUUUUUUUAAGAAAACCAAAAACAUUAAGCGUCUAACGAUGAGGUAAGGAGUGUCCCUGGGGACCCAGGAGUUUAAGGACCAGCUCAGCCCAGGCUGAGUGGAGAAGCCAAGCAGGCCCUCCAUUUCCCACCGGUCCUCAUCCCCUGCCUGGCCUUGACUCCCUGACCUCGAGUCCCACUGCAUUUUUGCCACAUCCCUGGCUGGACAUCCAGGUAGGGGCAGUGAGUGAUCCCUGCCUCUACACACCAACAAGGUUAACAUCCAUGACCCGCUCUCUCCAUUUCACUGGCUUCCCAAACGUGCCCGGCUCAUAAAGAGAAAUGACUGAUGUUCCCUUGGAUUUUGAAUGUAGAGUGUUGGUGUGUAUUUUUUUUAAAUUAAGUUAUUCCCUCAAUAUUUUCCCCUUGGUUUGUUUAACUGGUACUCACUGAACGUUUCUGGAAUGGUCUGAAUUUUAAAAGAAAAGCAACUCACAAGGAACCAGCAGUUCGCUCUGGCUCUGGUGAACUACCACGUGGCUGGCCUCGGAGGGAGGGAGUGGGUUGGUGAAGGGCACAGCAGAUCUGCACCCAGCCUGGCCCCAGGUAGCUCAGGAGGGACCAGAAGAGACUUUCUUCACCCACUUCAUUCUCUGGCCAAGAACCCAAGAUUCUGGCUGAGUUGUCACAGAAAUGCUCAGGUCUAGUUGACAGACUUUAUUGUUAAAUCAGAAACUUUAGUGCAAAACAAAAAAUCAUUAAGUCCAUUUAAUAGCAACUGCAGGUCUUGCUGUCUCUUGGCAACCAGAAAUGGAACAGAAGAUUCGGCCAACGAGAGGAGAGGCAGCAGCCAAGGCCCCUGGA